UGUAUAUAAGCAGGAGGAUGCAAUGGGGUCGGCAAGUGGGAUAAUUUAGGGUGACAUUCGCGAUACCAUCCUUAUAGCCAAUUUGAAGCCUUUGAUCUCAUCAAGGUUACAAUGAAGAAGGAGGUGCUGAUCGUGGGAGCUGGUCCAUCAGGCCUUGCCACUGCUGCAUGCCUAAACAUGUUUUCCAUUCCAAACAUCAUACUAGAGAAAGAGGAUUGCAGUGCUUCUCUUUGGAGGAGGAGGGCAUAUGAUCGUCUGAAGCUUCACCUUGCCAAGCAAUUUUGUGAGCUGCCGCACAUGCCUUACCCUAGCACGUUCCCAACCUUCAUACCCAAGGAUCAAUUCAUCCAGUACUUGGAUAACUAUCAAGCACGUUUCAAGCCGAAUAUUGUUUAUUGCACUGUUGUUGAUUCUGCUAAUUAUGACAAAUACAAAGGAACAUGGAGCAUAAUGGCUUGUGACAAGGUCACGGGGGAGGUCAAAGAGUACACGGCAAAGUUUCUGGUCGUGGCCACUGGAGAGAACGAUGAAGGGAUGAUACCAGAUAUCCCGGGUUUGAAGACCUUCUCUGGGGAGGUCGUCCACUCUUCUUUUUACAAGUCGGGGGCUGCUUACGCUGGCAAAAAUGUUCUGGUUGUUGGAAGCGGUAACUCAGGCAUGGAGAUUGCUUAUGAUCUCUCAAACUUUGGAGCAAAAACCGCCAUCACCAUCCAAAGCCCGGUAACUAGAUUUACCUUGAAACAUGCUUGA